AUGGCGGGAGGCCGGAGCCGCCGCUCCUUCCGCCCCGGUGCACGGGGCCUGGAGCUGCUGACGCUUCCCGCAGGCCUCCCGCCGGACACGGUGCUGGGGCGCCCGGGCGCCAACGUGACGCUGAGCUGCGGGGCGCCCAAUGACACCGUGUCCUGGGAGCUGGAGACGCGGCGGGGCCGCCGGCGGGCGCAGGGGGAGCCGCUGGAGCUGCGGGCGCUGCGGCGGGACGACGCCGGGCGCUACCGCUGCAGCGCCGACGGGCGCCCGCCGCGCACCCUGCGCCUGCUCGUGCAAGAGCCCCCCGAGGCGCCGCGCGUCUCCUGCCGCCGGCGCAGCCACGACCGCGACGUCCUGUGCGAGUGGCGGCCGCGGCAGCCGCCAGCCCCCGGCACCAGGGCCACGCUCUGGGUGAAGCGCCGCUUUGCCGUGGCCAACGGCACGGAGCAGCGAUGCCGCUACUUCGUCCGGGGCAGCAAAUUCGUGUGCCGGCUGCGGGUGCCCGCGGGCACGGACGAGCACGAGCCGCUGGCCGUGUCCACGUGCGUGCGGGACGGGGCCGGUGGCGCCGCCGCCGCCACCACCGUCAUCACACUGAGCGGCGUCCUGCAGCCCGAGCCGCCGCGCAACGUGACGGUGCUGCCGCUGGAGCGGCGCCCGCGGCGCCUGCGUGUCACCUGGGCCUACCCGGCCUCCUGGGACCCCCGUUUCUACUGGCUGCGCUUCCAGGUGCGCUACCGGCCCGAGCCCGCGCCCGCCUUCACGCAGGUGGACCAGGUGACGGAGACGUGGCUGGAGAUCGCCGACGCCUGGGGCGGCACCCGGCACCUCGUGCAGGUCCGGGCGCGCGAGGAGUUCGGCCACGGCGCCUGGAGCGAGUGGAGCCGCGAGGUGGCCGGGACCCCCUGGAUAGAUCCGGCGGAGCUGGCAGCGGAGGCGGCACCUUCACUGCUCCCGGAGGAGGACGGUGCCGACGGGGUGACGCUGCCCCCCGAGCUGCUGGAGGCUGCAGCCCCCCCCGCCGGCGGGGACCCCCCAGGGACCCCGGCCGCCCCUUUGGUGGCACCUGCGGCCGGCGCCAGCCUCGCCCUGGGCACCGGCCUCUUGGUGGCCAUCGCGGUGCGCCCCCCGGGGCCCUUCCACGUCGCCAACCCCGACUACUUCAUCCCCUCGGGCCCAUAG